GGAUAGCGCAGCGCACGACUUGGCAAAACGGCUCGACCGCGGGCUCACGUCGGCCGGAGCGACGGUGGGAGGCAGCCACGCAUCGCAAGCGCGUGCCAGCCCACGGACCGCAGUGGCGGAAAGGCAGCCAAGCGGCAUAGCUAGCUAGCACCAGACCACCCCAGGAGAGAAAGGCAGCCCAUCAAAAGGAUGCCGCCCGUCGAGGACGCCCCCAUCGAGCUCGAGCAUGCUAUUGGUAUAUCGACCAUACGAGGUGGUUUACAUUACCACCCCAAUGGCCGCGAGUACAUGUAUGCCGCGGGCGCAAGCAUAAUAGUCUGCAAUUUCGACGACCCCCACGACCAGUCCUUUCUGCGAGGGCAUGAUGACAGUGUGGUUUGUGUCGCAUUGUCCCCGCGCGGUACUUAUGUGGCCUCGGGCCAAUCCGGAGAGAACGCCGACGCGAUCGUAUGGGAUUACAAUACAAAAUCCCUCAAGUUCCGGUUGGCGGAGCACGACCACGCUGUCGAAGCGGUGGCCUUCUCCCAUGACGAAUUAUUACUAUGUACGUUGGGCGGGAGAGACGACGGCAAACUUAUUGUCUGGGACAUGAGCAACGGAUAUAUUGUUACAGUGGUAGCGAACCCGAAUUGCGCCUCGAUUGUAUGUUGGGGUGGAUUUGUAAGGGAUGUGAAGCGGAGGGACACGGACAAGUACUUGUUCGCCACGGCGGGAGGCACCAAGGCCACGAUGUGGUCCCUCGAUCCCUACGAGGGUAGUCUAGAGAGUGAAAGAAUCACGACAGAAGGCGCGACCGUACGCUCUAUCACGACCAUGGUCUUCUCGGAGGAUUAUACGACCAUCUACUGUGGGACGACGUCCGGCGACUUUACGACGAUCAACGUACGGCAGAACAAGAUGGCCUUCAAGCCGAUCUACGCGAACGGCGGCGGCGUCGAAGCUUUGUUGACGACGCAGAAAGGCGGCGUGGUCACGGGCGGCGGCGACGGGACUGUCACCGCCUUCGAUGCUCGAUUGGAAGAGUUAGCUAAACUAAAACUGCCCGCGGGUGUGGUUGCUUUAUCUUUUGCGCCGGAUGGCUCGGAGAUCGUCGCCGCUAUUAGGAAUGGUGCCAUCUAUCGAUUACGAGGUGAUCUCUCACGAGCGUUGUUGGUCUGCGAGAACCACGCGCACCCCGUAAGAGCCUGCUCCUACGCUCGUGAGUCUUCCGAUAGGUUCGCGACGGCCUCCACGGAUAAAACAUUAAGGGUUUGGGACGCCAACGACUACAAGGCCUCGGCUACUGUUUUAGUACGAGAUGCUGGUGAGCCGACGUGCAUCGUCUACACUCUAGAUUUCCUGAUCUCAGGAUGGACCGACGGUCGAAUAAGAGCACAUGACGCCGAGAAGGGCGGGCCGUUGUGGUUGAUCGACCACGCGCAUCGGGGCGGCGUCACGGCCCUACAACUAGCGUCCAACCAGCGCUUCGUCAUGACCGGCGGCGGCGAGGGCGACGUGAGAGUGUGGGAACUUAGGAGCAGAGAACUGGUCUCUCACUUGAAGGAGCACCGCGCCAAGGUUACCGGUUUGACACUAUAUGCGGACGACAUGCACGCUCUCAGUUGCUCGAGAGAUCGGAGCUUUCUAUGCUGGGAGCUGCGGGAAGAGAAACGCGUCACAAGUCAUACCCAACGGAUGGGCGGCAUCAACGCCGUCGCGCUGAGCCGAGAUCAAACGAGAGUGUUCUCGGUGGGCCAGGAGAAGCGCCUGACGAAGUGGGACUUGAGGGACCCGAACUACCUGGAGUGCGUCCCGCUCUCUUCAGAUAAUACGGACGAGGCGACGUGCGUGGCCGUGUCUCAUAAUGGUCAAGUGGUGGCCACGGGCGGCUCGAAGAAGAUGCUGAAGCUCUUUGAUAGUGGUGAGGGGUUAACGCGGGUCGCGGAGGUCGUCGGCCACUCGGGCGCGAUCAACGACCUCGUGUUUAGCCCGGACGACAAGCAGCUCGUGACGGUGGGCGAGGACGGCGCGAUUUUAGUUUGGAACCUGUACCUGGAGUAAGAGUGACCUCUA